UGCAGUUAAGGAGUAAGAGGGCAGAACACCAAACUGCAAAUCCAUUCCUCUCCCUCUCCCUCUCUCCCUCUCUCUCAUUUUCCACCCUUUGGCUCCAAAGAGAGAAAAAGCCUUUCCUUUCCUUUUCCCAUUCCUUAUUGCUUCUGAAAUAUUUAACAAAUUUUCUGCUUGCUUUCCGGGAAUUUUUUUUUUUAUAAACCUGUCCCUUUACCUGGAAAACUUAUACCACAUGAGAAUAAAUACCAUCCUGCUACCUUACCCCAAUUGUUGUCUCAUUAUCCCAAUUUGCCUGACGCAACCGUAUUGUACGAGAGAAACCAUGUGGGCUUGUUUUAUUUUGCUAAAUGCAUUAUAUUUUAGUCCCUAGCUAUAAUAGAAACUAGGGGUUUCAGUACCAAGAUUUGAUUCUGGGUAAUAAAGUUUGAAGCUUUGUGUUUAGUCGGUAGUUUGAAGUUUCAGUUUUGGGUGUCCUAGAAAUGAAGAUUGAGCUGGGUGUGGGAGGUGGGGCAUGGAACGAUGAAGAUAAGACCAUGGUUGCUGCUGUUUUAGGCACUAAAGCUUUUAAUUACUUGCUAUCAAAUUCUGUAGCUAAUCAGAAUCUGUUAAUGGCUAUGUGUGGUGAUGAGAGUUUGCAAAAUAAGCUCUCUGAUCUUGUGGACCGCCCCAACGCCUCCAAUUUCAGCUGGAACUAUGCCAUUUUUUGGCAGAUUUCAUGUUCCAAGUCUGGUGACUGGGUUCUGGGUUGGGGAGAUGGGUCUUGCAGGGAGCCUAAACAAGGUGAAGAAUCUGAGGUCACUAGAAUUCUCAAUAUACGCCAUGAGGAUGAGACUCAGCAGAGGAUGAGAAAGAGAGUUAUUCAGAAGCUGCAGACGUUGUUUGGAGAAUCAGACGAGGAUAAUUAUGCCUUGGGAUUGGACCAGGUUACCGAUACUGAGAUGUUCUUUUUGGCCUCCAUGUAUUUCUCCUUUCCCCAUGGAGAAGGUGGUCCAGGAAAGUGUUAUGCCUCCGGGAAGCAUAUGUGGAUCUCUGAUGCUUUGAAACCAGGGCCUGAUUAUUGUGUGAGGUCAUUUCUUGCAAAGUCUGCGGGGUUUCAGACAAUUGUGUUGGUGGCUACUGAUGUUGGCGUUGUUGAAUUAGGGUCAGUGAGAUCUGUUCCUGAAAGUAUAGAAAUGGUUCAAUCAAUAAGGUCAUGGUUUUCCACUCGGAAUUCAAGUAUCAGAGCCAAGCCAAUGGCUGCAGCAGCAGCAGCAGCAGCCAUGCCUGCUGUGAGUGAAAAGAAAGAUGAGAAUUCCCCAUUUUCAAAUUUUGGGAUUGUGGAGAGAGUUGGAGUUCCGAAGAUUUUUGGUCAGGAUUUGAACUCAAAUCAUGGUCAUGGUCAUGGCUUUAGGGAGAAACUUGUCGUCAGAAAAAUGGAAGAGAGAUCAUCAUGGAAUGCUUACCAGAAUGGUACUAGGCUUGCAUUACCUGGUGCUCAAAAUGGCCUUCCUGGUUCUGGUUGGGCACAGAGUUUUGGUAUGAAACAAGGGACCCCAAGUGAUGUUUAUGGUUCACAAGCCACAGCAAAUAAUCUACAAGAGCUGGUUAAUGGGGUUAGGGAGGAGUUUAGGCUUAACCAUUACCAACCUCAAAAGCAGGUGCAAAUGCAAAUUGAUUUUUCAGGAGCCUCUUCGGGGCCUUCUGUGAUUGGCAAACCACUUAGUGCAGAAUCUGAGCAUUCUGAUGUUGAAGCUUCAUGCAAGGAAGAACGGCCAGGCACGGCAGAUGAUCGGAAGCCUCGUAAACGAGGCAGGAAGCCAGCAAAUGGAAGAGAAGAACCCCUCAAUCAUGUUGAGGCAGAGAGGCAGCGGCGAGAGAAGCUUAACCAGCGGUUCUAUGCAUUACGAGCUGUCGUGCCCAAUAUUUCCAAGAUGGACAAGGCUUCAUUGUUGGGAGAUGCUAUUUCUUACAUCAAUGAGCUUCAAGCAAAGCUCAAGGUAAUGGAAGCUGAAAGGGAAAAGUCAGGGAGCAUUUCGAGAGAUGCAUCAGCUUUGGAUGCUAACACAAAUGGAGAAAGUCACAAUCAAGCUCCAGAUUUCGACAUUCAAGCUUCCCAUGAUGGGUUGAUGGUAAGAGUGAGUUGUCCGUUGGAUUCACAUCCUGCAUCAAGAGUGAUUCAAGCAUUCAAAGAAGCACAAAUCACUGUUGUUGAGUCAAAACUUUCCGCUGCAAAUGACACUGUAUUUCAUACAUUUGUGAUCAAGUCUCAAGGAUCCGAGCAGCUAACAAAGGAAAAGCUGAUGGCAGCAUUUUCCCGCGAAUCCAGCUCAUUACACUCAUUAUCAUCAACUGGGUAGUUCGAGAAUUAAGGUUGACAUAUAGUCCAUAGGCGUAUAUGUAGUGAAGAACCCUUUUGAAAGCUUCUUCAGUGGUUUUGAUACACCGCAAGGGAUCUUAAAAAGAGCUGGCUAGAAGUAGAAAAAUAACUACCUAUUGACCAAGUAGGGCAGCAAAUUUUCUGUGAUUGUUUAUAGUAUACAUAUUUUGUUCCAAGGAUGUAUUCUUGCCAGAUGAAUUACAUUUCUAAGUUUUAACCAACUGUAUCAUUGUUGGUUAUUUAGCUGAUA